CUCCAGAUUCCACCCUCCAGCAUCCACCAGACUUGCUUCAACUUGACGUUGCAACGUUAUUGAUCUGAAUCAAAUAAUCUCCUUAUUUCUCCGUCCCUGAGGGAUAAUACCUCCAACCCCAUUCAGCGACUGCCCUCCGCGUCGUUCCCUCAGACAUGCUCAGACUCGAUUAGACCUCUCCCUGGUUCAAUAGAACCGCCGCAUUGUCGACCAUGGCACAGGUUCUGCAACCGGCCGACGAUGUCGGCAGGCUGAUCAAUCUGAUACCAGUAGCCCUCAAAGAAGCCGCGAUCGACUCCCCAUCCGCACGUGCGACCGUUAUCCACUACGGCGAACAGGUCGACUCGCUCGAGAAAUGGUUGGAUGAAUACAUGAAAUCAACCACUCGACUGGUGACCGAGUCGCUGACACUCGAAAAUGUCCUCAACAACUUCAUAUCCAAUUCAGUCCUCCCAUCGAGUAUCUCGGAGUCGAUCCUAGACCACGACUAUGGCUUUUUGGCCAUGAAGAGGUAUGGUGAAGGCGCCAAAGAUUAUUGGAUGAGUCUUAUCACCAUGGUCAAGAGGCUCAAUCUCAUGGUUGUAGAACCAAUCAGGAACUUCCUACAGUACGAUGUUAAGGCCUUCAAGGAGGCUCGAAGACUAGUGGAAACCACACAAAAGACCUUUGAAACCCUACAGGCAAAAUACGCCGGUCUUGGGAAGUCCAAAGAAGCCUCAUCUCUCCGAGAAGACGCCUUCCAAUUACACGAAGCCCGCAAGGUCUACCUCAAGGCUAUGAUGGACUUUAUUAGCAUGGCUCCUCAAUUUCGCUUUGCCUUGGACAAACUAUUGGUCAGAUUGUUCUGUGAUCAGUGGCGAGAAAUGCGCCUCUCAAGAGACAAUACCAUAUCCACCUUUCAACGAAACUCCGAUGAAAUGCAACGAAUCAAAGGCUGGUUGAAUGAAAUGGAAGCCAGUGAAAGAGUCUUUCGAAAAGAGCUCAUGUCUGCCAAGAGACAACUUGAAGACACUUCAGAACUCAACAGUCGUCCGUCUCGGGAGCUGGAAGAUUACAGCAUGUCCACCGUGCCUCAAUUCAGUGGCCACGCGCAAGCUUCAAGUAUCUCUACGUUGUCGCGGUCUCCUAAGAAGACAACUGCACAGACUGGAGAGAAACAAGGCUGGUUAUUCUUGCGGACGUAUGGUGGAAAGCCCACCAGAACUAUAUGGGUUAAGAGAUGGGCUUUUGUGCGGAACGGUGUCUUUGGCUGGCUGUUACAGGGCACUAGGACAGGUGGUGUCGAAGAAAGUGAACGGAUCGGAGUUCUUCUCUGCAGCGUGCGGCCCGCCCCGACUGAGGAACGUCGCUUCUGCUUCGAACUCAAGACGAACAAAAACACCAUCAUUCUUCAGGCUGAAACACAAUCGGAGCUGGUCGAUUGGAUCACCGCCUUCCAGGCUGCCAAAUCAAAAGCUUUUGACGAUCCAGAUGCCACGAACGGCGUUCCCGGUCGAGGGAGGAUACAAGCUGGCGCCGCCUUUGCUAUCUCGGCGCCGCCAAUCCCAGAAUUUGGCACCAUAAUGCUCAGCUCGACUGAGCCUGGCCCUGUGGCAGACGAUGUUACCGCUCUCGAGAAAACAAACACGUUACCGAUCCCGGGCAAUGAGCAUCUUCGAGAAGGCAGCAUGGACAUCCCGAGAAGAUCGACUGCCCUGGAAGAAGGCGGACAUCGCGACACAGCAUCUCGCAUAAUAUCUAAACUUGAUCUUCAUCGAAAGAGUCCAGCCACUUCUCAGAUCUCUCCGAGCCCGUCUACAACAAAUGUCCCUGUUGGAGGGAUUGCGAGUCUCAUCGCGGCCAGCCACGGCUCAAUGCCAGUUGGACCAAGUCUACCGGCCGUCCAAUCACUAGAGCCUGAGGCUUCUCGGCCGAGGAGGGCGUUCACGCUGGCUCUCCGAGAUAUGCCCUCCAGCAGCCUUGCACCAUCCACCCUGGCCUCUGUGCCAAAUCCCACCAACCUAAGCAGAGCCGCAGUGGUCAUCACGGGAGAACGAGGUCUAAGCCCAGCACCCGACAGAACUGGUAUCCCAACGGGACUACUCGCUAACAUGUGGGGAACGUCAAGUACUGGUCACGUCAACAAAUUAGAGCGCGGGGGUGAACCAAAGCUUGCUUCCGACCCAAGUCUUGGUGCCCAACCAAGUCCAACUCUGAGAGCGUCUUCCCCGUCAAAGAAAUCUCAGUCGCCUUCACGAUCUGCAGUAAACCAGCAGAAUGCAAUCUCUCAACUCGACUUGUCGCUGCCUCCGCCAGGGUCUCGAUCCAGGACUCCAUCUCCUGGCAAGCGACAGCAUAGAAGCACGAUCAGUGUUGACCGUGAAGGGCCAAGGGAGCUUCACACUGAUCUGCUGAUUCCUGAAUUCCCUAACUACUACCCUCUGCAGCUCAAGUCCCAAGAUGCGCAGUUUCGCCUGUUAUUCCCUAACGUGGCUCGUGACGAUCGUCUCGUCAUGGUCUUCAGGGCAACGUGGAGUCCUAGUGAUCAACAGGAAUUUCCUGGUCGAGUGUAUGUUACAUCUCGAGAUGUCUAUUUUUACAGCAACCAUAUUGGACUUGUCCUUACUACCAGUGUUCCACUGAGUUCGGUCGAGGAGGCCACAGCGGCCCCCGGUAAAGAUUGUGAUUUUGUCUUCCUUCAUCUGCGAGACGGCCUUGGCGAUGUCAGUUCGCGACGGAUAACCAUCAAAAUUUUCCUAGAGCCUCUCAAGCUCCUCCAGCGCCGACUCAAUUUCUUGAUUAGAAACAGCUCUGCCGACGAACCGUUGCCAUUGGAAGAUGUUAUCAAGAGACUCCUUAAAAUGGAGAACGAAGCACCAGAUCGAAGCCCUAGUCUUGAAAGCUGGGAAGAUGUAUCGCCAAAUACCCCAGUCGAUGCCGGAGGGCAGAGGACUCGCGGUCGAGCUUCAACAAUGGGCUACGAGGUUAGAGGGCCGAUCGUGGUCGAUCGUACCUUGGAUCAGCCUGCAGGAGGACGAAGAGAUUCCAAGUUCAAGUUACCUGCACAGCCGGUGAAGUACACUCCCCCUGGCAAUCUGAGACUAGCUGCGGAGAAGGAAUUUGAUAUUAGUGCCAAAGCACUCUUCCAUGUCAUGUUCGGCGACAAAAGUGCAUUGUGGCAAUUGUUGCAACAUGAACGUCAAGCUAGCAACUUGACCCAAGGAGCUUGGUCCAAUAUGGGAGAAAGUCGCUUACGCCGGGAGUUUACGUUUGAGAUCCCCACCAAGAACAUCAUUGGCGUGGAAUCAUACACAGAAGUGUGCGACUAUCAAGUCGUGGAGGUCAGUAACGACCAUCUGUGCUAUGUUGUCACCGACAAAAGAACACCAUGGCAUCUGCCAUACCAGAACAGUCACAGACUUGUGAGCAAAGUCGUGAUAACCCACACCGCAAAGAGCAAAUGUAAACUGGCUAUUUUUGUCAAAGUUGAGUGGUUGCGAGCCCCAUGGAUGUUCGGUUCCGUGGUUGAAAGACAAGCUCUGUAUGAUCUUGAGCUCGACUCUCAAGAUCUAGCCGACCUUGUCGCCGACCAAGUGCGCAAACUUGGCGCUCACAGUCGGACGCGCAAGGCGAUCCAGAUAUUUGGUCAAGUCGGGCAUUCAACCGAAGCGACCCAGCUAAUGAUCGAUAAUACUGCCAUCAACAUCGAGCUAAGAAGACAGCCGGUCACCAGGACAAUGACUGGGCUGGUUGUACAAACCACAGCCUCUGCUGCCGAAAGUGCCGCGAGCACACUACUGCAGGGAUUGUUGGAUAUUUUGAAAUGGUUUGGCAAAUUGAUCUCGGCAAACAGGCUGAUCGUCAUGGCUUUGCUUCUCAGUUUGGCUUACAACAGUUGGCACUCACUUCGAGAGACCAAAGAAUGGUGGCAUGAGCGGAAGGCAAGCAAUUUCAUGGCUCGACUUGGAGUGUCUCCCAACCUCGUCAUGAGUCGUGCAGUUUACUACCACGACCUCGAUGACAUUCUCAGUCGGGGAGCCGACCUGCCAGUGCGUGAUUCUAGUCUCUGUUACCGUGUCUUCCACGACGAACAUGAUCCCGACCUAAUGCAGAUCGGAUCGGAAAAGUCCCCAGUUACCCUAAUACAAGAAGCGCGCCAGCGGCUAGGUACGUACCGGCAUGACCUGUCGGUCGCGGUGCGUGUUGUGAACAGCAUCGAGAAGGAGCUAGUGCAGUCGGCAUGGCUCCAGUGGGUCGGUGACGAGAAUAGAAGAUGUCGCAUGGUCGAGGGACUAGUCUUGGGCAAUGAAGGGGACCCUAACGGGACAAUGAAAACUGCAGAAGUGCAGGACUGGUACAAUGAGUAUUGUACUAGCUGUCGCGAUGAAUACGACAAAUUGUGAAGGAAUGAUGCAGACCAUAGAAGUCCAAUCUAUCUUCCUGGCAUGAGCCACACAAUCCUCUACAAUCAUUUCCAGCCAAUUGGUCAAGUGACCCCCUGGCAACAAGAUUUAGAAUUCACGGGAAAAGGGCUACGAGUCUCGAAAGACUUUAUACAACAGAUUUGCUUCUGUCGUCACUGGAACUUUAUUUAUUGCUUCGUGGACGAGGCAUGGAGGAUAUGAACAAGCGACUAAAAAGAGGUAGGCCCCGUCCGCGUGGGCGCAUCAGAUCUCUGGGAACUGGUGGC